ACCGCGUCCGCGAAGGGUAAGCUCGCGCAUGUGCACUGGCCUUCAGCCAGAUGCGAGCAAUGGCUCCUUUCAUGCUUAGGGAUUUGCGGUGUUCGUGUCGCACCGUUUUCCCAGGUCUCGUACCACACUACUUUAUAAACCGGGAAAGCGAGACCCAGAAAUUGGAAGCAAUUACUCUAAGAUAGCAAAAGAUUUAGCAAGCAUUGAUCAGACCUCAGGCAGAGCACCGAGCACCAAGCUGCAGGGAGCCAGUACGUACGCGCAGCUCCGCCCCCUUUUUGGCGAAGCAACUAGGCCUGACCCUUUCCGCGACCUGUCGCGCGGCGGAGCGAACGCGGAAGGCUGGGCGGGCAGUGCGUAGCUAUGGAACCUGACGGGACCUACGAACCGGGUUUCGUGGGUAUUCGAUUUUGCCAGGAAUGUAACAACAUGCUUUACCCCAAGGAGGACAAGGAGAACCGCAUUCUGCUCUACGCGGUGAGCGCGAGCCCGCGGGGCGCCCCGGUCUUUCCCACCUGUCCAGAGGUUCCCAACGUGACCCCUACUCCCUGUUACAUACCCCACGCGCCCUACUCUCGCCUCCUGACUACCCUGAGUGAACCCGAGGUGUCUUGUCCAUCGCCAAGUGCCGGAAUUGUGAUUACCAGCAGGAAGCCGACAACAGUUGCAUCUAUGUCAACAAAAUCACGCACGAAGUGGACGAACUGACCCAGAUAAUCGCUGACGUGUCCCAGGACCCCACGUUGCCGCGAACCGAGGA